ACCCCCCCCGCUGUCUUCACGGACCCGGAUCCUGGAUCAGAGGUUAAGAUCUGAUCACGGUACGGGAAGUAGAGGCAGCCACGCCGGCCGCAGCGCCCUCUCCGCCGGGCUGCAUCGCAGGGUGGUACCGCUGCGUCCGCCCCGUGGUUCCGCCUCUGUUGGUGGUUCACAACGUAACGACGUUAGAAACCGAACCUGGUUUGGAGUCCAGACUCGGGACCUGCCGGCCUCGCCUGUAUAUUCGGACCUGAAUAAUCGGCUUCUGAAGCGGGGGGAGCUGCAGCACGUACACCGAGCACGGGUCUCCUCCUCCGGGCUGCGGAGCGGUCUCCGGCCCGGUGGGAUGUCUCUGCACGGGGGGUCGAAUCUCUUGUCUGGAUCCGGGCUUUAGUUAGUCCAGAACCUUGUUUCUGAUCUGCGUCGGUUUGUGUGGGAGGACAUGGCUGACUCGGGCAGGGCCAGACCGGCGGACACUGACGCCGCAGACGGCCGGGCAGAGAGCCCCCUCACCGGGAAGAAGAGGGCGCAGAACUCCCCGGGUCUUCGGCCCAGGAACCAGAACUCUGCUCUGGGUCACUGCCUCCGGAAAGUCACCCUGACCAAACCGACCUUCUGCCACAGCUGCAGCGACUUCAUCUGGGGUCUGGUGGGCUUCCUGUGUGAAGGUAAGGGGGUCCACACACCUGGAGGUUUAGAUUUAGGACCACCGUCUGCAGGUGACCCUGAUCCGGGUCUGUCUGUGUGUCAACAGACCCUAAUCCAGGAUCUGGUCCCUGAAAUAGUUGGACUGAGUGGAUGUGGACUCCUUGUUCUGUCCCCUCCUUUCCUGUUUUUUUCCUUUUUUGCCUCCUUCCCUUGUUGUCUUUCCUUUAUUUAUUUCCUUUCCUUCCUUGUACCCUAACCUUCUUUUCCCUUUUCUUUCACCUUAUCUGUGUCCUUUCCUCCUUUCCUUGUUGUCUCCUCCUCUCUCUUUCCUUCUUCUCGUCUUCUUCUUCUUCUGUCCAUCUUCUUCCUCCACUCUUCUUCUCUUCAUGUCUCUCCUCUCCUCUAAGUCUCAAACUUCAUCAUGAAUUCAACAGGCGAGCAGGUCCACACACACACACACACACACACACACACACACACACACACACACACACACACACACCAUCGCAAACGUGUUCGUUUGUGUGUGUUAGUGUGAAUGUUGUACAACCGCAGCAGUCAUGAAUACCCUCCCAACGUUGUCAUAGCAACAGGCGAUGGGUUUGUUUGAGUGUGUGUGUGUCUGUGUGUGUGUGUGUGUGUGUGUGUGUGUGUGUGUGUGAGAGAGAGAGAGAGGACACGAUUCUUUCAGCCUCUUCAUCACACACACAGACACACACACACACACACACACACACACACAGACACACACACACAGACACACACACACAGACACACACACUCUCAGCUGCAUCAUAAACAUCCUCACAGACGCCCCCUGCUGUCCGGCUGUAUUUGUAUUUGUGUUCUUGAACCUGAUUGGUGGAGAAACACAGAGCUGUGAUGUCAUCAAAAACACUGAUGAACGUUCAAGAACAACGUCUCCUCCUCUGACAGUUUGGUGCUUUAGUAGUUUGGUAGUUUAUCACUCAUGGUACUUUGGUAGAACUCCAGUGUUUAUGUUUGCUCGUUGAUCACAUGACAGCUGGGCGUUUGUUCCUGUAGUUGGUUUGCAUCGUAGUUCGGUUAUCGUUUUGGUUUGGUAGUUUUGUAGUUUAGAAGUUUAAUAAUAUAGUACUUUUGUUGUGUGGUAGUACAACAAAAGUUGUCAGGUAGUUUGAUAGUACUGUAGUAUGGUAGUUUAGUCAUGUGCUCGGUAGUUAGUUUGUUUGAUAGACUUGUUGUCCAGCGGAAUUGUAGUUUGUUAGCUAGGAAGUCUGUUAGUUUUGUGGUUUGGUCAUUUUAUAGGAUAGCAGUUUGGUAGUUUGCGUAGUUUUUCAAGGACACUGAAUCAUGAAUGGAUGGUUAUGUGAACUAGAAUCCUUCAGUUCAGGUCAGAGUCCUGCUCACCUGUCAGGUCUGUAUCUCUGUAAACACCUGCUCACUAUACAGCAGCUACAAGCUAAAGACACAAUCAAUAUGUGGGUCAACUGGGUCACUUCUAUCCUCCUCAGUUACAGAGAAACUGUCUGACACCAGAUUCACACCAGGUUCACACCAGAUUCACAGCAGGUUCCCACCGCGCUCAGUGAGGCUCAGAGUGACGGUUUGAACUCCUCUCGAUGCAGAAAUUAAAGCAGUUUACAGACACAGAGGAGAUGAGCUCAGAGUGAGAAACUGGCCAAGUGAACACAUGAGGUUCACCACAUGAGGCCGCAGAUCGAGCAGAAAAACAGCAGAAACUGAAUGUCAGAGCGGUUACACACAGGCCAGUAUUAAAGAGCACAGAAGAAGUUCGAUCAGGGAACCUUUUAAAGGCACCAGAGGGACUUUAUUUCAAACAUGUGAACAUCUUCAUGAAGACAGAUCACGGAUCUUUACAACAUCAGCCUGUUAUAAAUUCACUGUAUUUCAAUACUCUUAUAUGAGAGGAUGAAUUCUUAGAGCUCUGUGGUUCCUCUUUGUCCAAAAAUAAACUCUGACUGUAGAUAAAGUGUGCACAGAUGUCUUUACCUGAAAACGUGAGAGUUUCUGCGUGAGCUUUAUAAGUCUCAACUCAAAAUAAACUCUUUAACUAAACUCUACAAAUAAACUCUUUAACUAAACUACAAAUAAACUCUUUAACUAAACUACAAAUAAACUCUUUAACUAAACUCUACAUAUAAACUCUUUAACUAAACUACAAAUAAACUCUUUAACUAAACUCUACAAAUAAACUCUUUAACUAAACUCUACAAAUAAACUCUUUAACUAAACUACAAAUAAACUCUUUAACUAAACUCAAAAUAAACUCUUUAACUAAACUACAAAUAAACUCUUUAACUAAACUCUACAAAUAAACUCUUUAACUAAACUCUACAAAUAAACUCUUUAACUAAACUACAAAUAAACUCUUUAACUAAACUACAAAUAAACUCUAACUAAACUACAAAUAAACUCUUUAACUAAACUCUACAUAUAAACUCUUUAACUAAACUACAAAUAAACUCUAACUAAACUACAAAUAAACUCUUUAACUAAACUCUACAAAUAAACUCUUUAACUAAACUCUACAAAUAAACUCUUUAACUAAACUCAAAAUAAACUCUUUAACUAAACUCAAAAUAAACUUUAACUAAACUCUACAAAUAAACUCUUUAACUAAACUCAAAAAAACUCUAACUAAACUACAAAUAAGCUCUUUAAUUAAACUACAAAUAAACUCUUUAAACUACAAAUAAACUCUUUAACUAAACUCUACAUAUAAACUCUUUAACUAAACUCUACAAAUAAACUCUUUAACUAAACUCUACAAAUAAACUCUUCAACUAAACUCUACAAAUAAACUCUUUAACUAAACUCAAAAUAAACUCUUUAACUAAACUCAAAAUAAACUUUAACUAAACUCUACAAAUAAACUCUUUAACUAAACUCAAAAAAACUCUUUAACUAAACUCUACAAAUAAACUCUUUAACUAAACUACAAAUAAACUCUUUAACUAAACUACAAAUAAACUCUUUAACUAAACUCUACAAAUAAACUCUUUAACUAAACUCUACAUAUAAACUCUUUAACUAAACUCUACAAAAAAACUCUUCAACUAAACUCUACAAAUAAACUCUUUAACUAAACUACAAAUAAACUCUUUAACUAAACUCUACAAAUAAACUCUUUAACUAAACUACAAAUAAACUCUUUAACUAAACUCAAAAUAAACUCUUUAACUAAACUCUACAAAUAAACUCUUCAACUAAACUCUACAAAUAAACUCUUUAACUAAACUACAAAUAAACUCUUUAACUAAAUUACAAAUAAACUCUUUAACUAAACUACAAAUAAACUCUUUAACUAAACUCUACAAAUAAACUCUUCAACUAAACUCUACAAAUAAACUCUUCAACUAAACUCUACAAAUAAACUCUUUAACUAAACUCUACAAAUAAACUCUUUAACUAAACUCUACAAAUAAACUCUUUAACUAAACUCUACAAAUAAACUCUUCAACUAAACUCUACAAAUAAACUCUUUAACUAAACUCUACAAAUAAACUCUUUAACUAAACUCUACAAAUAAACUCUUCAACUAAACUCUACAAAUAAACUCUUUAACUAAACUCUACAAAUAAACUCUUCAACUAAACUCUACAAAUAAACUCUUUAACUAAACUCUACAAAUAAACUCUUUAACUAAACUCUACAAAUAAACUCUUUAACUAAACUCUACAAAUAAACUCUUUAACUAAACUCUACAAAUAAACUCUUCAACUAAACUCUACAAAUAAACUCUUUAACUAAACUCAAAAUAAACUCUUUAACUAAACUCUACAUAUAAACUCUCAAAGUGAGAACGUGGAGCUGAUUCUCUCCUCUUCUCUUCUUCUCCUCAGUCUGUAACUUCAUGUGUCAUGAAAAAUGUCUGAAGACUCUUCGUUCGGUUUGUUCCUCUUUGGCUCCGUCUCUGGUUCAGGUGAGUUCUGGUUCUGGUUCUGGUUCAGGUGAGUUCUGGUUCAGGUGAGUAUCAGAACUUUUAAACUUUGAUCACGUUCAGUUUGAUUGAUCUUGUCGGAGCCGAUCACAGAGGCUGAUCAUCUGCAUAGACUGAUAAUUGAUUGGGUGAUUUCUCAGUAAAGAUAACUCCGCCUCCUGGCCGUCGUUUCUGUGGUCAUUAUCUUGUCGUUAAGACGUUGAAAUUGACGAGUAAUGAUAAACUUACAGUUAAUAAACACAUUUUUGCUGAUUUUUAAAUUCAGAUUUACUCAGAAGGAGGAACCGGAGCUCUUUUCUGCAGACAGACCUGCUGAAGUUCGGCCUAAAAACGUGUUUUUAAACACGGCGGCGGCGGCCAUGUUCUGGUUACUUGUUGUUUUGAUGUUGUGCUGUUGCUGCCCCCUGCAGGUUCCAGUGGCUCACUGCUUUGGUCCGGCGGGUCAUAAGAAACGUUUCUGCAGCAUCUGCAGGAGACAGACGGAGGGAAACACGGCGCUACGCUGCGAAGGUUCGACCAGAUUAACCAUGACCAGUUUAACCAGUUUAACCAGUAACACAGGAAACCGUCUCUGCAGUCACACUCCCAGUUCAGAUGUGGCUGCACUCCUAUUAUCAUCUUUACGGUUUAGAGAAUCUGAGUACAGCUGCUCAGCUCAGUGCGUCAGACAACCUUUGACCUCACACAUGGAUUAUCUAAUAAACUCUGUGUGUGUGUGUGUGUGCACGUGUGUGUGUGUGUGUGUGUGUGUGUGUGUUUCAGUGUGCGAGCUGCAUGUCCACGCUGACUGUGCGUCCUUCACCUGUGCAGACUGUCGCAGCUGUCACCUGGACGCCACCCUGCAGCAGGUGAGUGACAGUCAGAGGGGUUACCGUAAAUACUCUAAUAUCAGUGUUACUGUAAAUACUCUAAUAUCAGUGUUACUGUAACUACUCUAAUAUCAGUGUUACCGUAAAUACUCUAAUAUCAUUUUUACUGUAACUACUCUAAUAUCAGUGUUACUGUAAAUACUCUAAUAUCAGUGUUACCGUAAAUACUCUAAUAUCAGUGUUACCGUAAAUACUCUAAUAUCAGUGUUACCGUAAAUACUCUAAUAUCAGUGUUACCGUAAAUACUCUAAUAUCAGUGUUACCGUAAAUACUCUAAUAUCAGUGUUACCGUAAAUACUCUAAUAUCAGUGUUACCGUAAAUACUCUAAUAUCAGUGUUACCGUAAAUACUCUAAUAUCAGUGUUACCGUAAAUACUCUAAUAUCAGUGUUACCGUAAAUACUCUAAUAUCAGUGUUACUGUGUUAAUCUGACCCUCUGACUCACUGCUGCUGGACACACUGCAGGUUUAAUAAUUAAUGAUUAUAGAUCUUUGUGUUAUUGAUCAGUGUUUUAUUGAUCAGUGUGUUAUUGAUCAGUAUGUCAUUGAUUAGUGUGUUAUUGAUAAGUGUGUUAUUGAUCCACUUGAUAUUGAUAAGUGUGUUAUUGAUCAGUCUCCGGAGUCUCCCUGUCAGACACACUGAGCAGUGAAUGAAGACGUCUGAUUGGUCAGGGCUGACCUGUGGAUCUACUUUUCGUCUCUGCAGGACACGUUCCACCAUCACUGGAGAGAGGGAAACCUGCCGUCAGCCGCCAGGUGUGAGGUGUGUCGGCGCUCCUGCGGGUCGUCUGACGUCAUGGCGGGGAUGAGGUGUGAGUGGUGUGGCAUCACGGUGAGAAACCUAGACCUCAUUUUACAGAUGUGGAAAAACACCCUGUCCUCAUCUACAGAUGACAGAUUAAAUAAUCCCAGAUUAUAAUCCCAGUUUGAGAUUAUCUACUCAAAUAGAUUACAGAAAGAUGUAGGGGAUUAAAAUAUCUACUCAAACUUUUACCAUCAAAGAUUCCUCCUCUGACGACAUGACCAACAGAAGUAACAGACAGAGAUUAGAGACAGAUCACAGACAGAGAUUAGAGACAGAUUACAGACAGAGAUCACAGAUUACAGACAGUGAAUACAGACAGAUCACAGACAGAUUACAGACAGAUUAAAGACAGAUAAUAAAGUCCAGGAUUAUCUGUAAUCAAUGAUGUCUGGGAUUAAAUUACAGACAGAGAAAUUACAGAUAGAUUGCAGACAGAGAUAACAGACACAGAUUUCAGACAGAGAUCACGGACAGACAAAGAUUACAGACAGAGAUAACAGACAGAUUAUAGACAGAUAUUACAGACAAAGAUUACAGGCAGAUAACAAACAGAUUACAGACAUAGGGAUAACAGAGAUAUUACAGAUUACAGACAGAGAUUACAGAUAACAGACAGAGAUUUCAGAUUACAGACAGAUUACAGACAAAGAGUACAGAUUACAGACAGAGAUUACAUACAUAUUAAAGAAAGAGAUUACAGAUUACAGACAGAGAGAUUAAAGACAGAUAACAGACAGAGAUUACAGACAGACAGAUUACAAACAGAGAUUACAGACAGACAGAUUACAGACAGUUAACAGACAGAUAUUACAGAAAGAUUACAGACAGAGAUUACAGACAGCGAUUACAGACAGAUAACAGACAGAGAUUACAGACAGACAGAUUACAGACAGAGAUUACAGACAGACAGAUUAAGGACAGAUAACAGACAGAUAUUACAGAAAGAUUACAGACAGAGAUUACAGACAGAGAUUACAGACAGAGAUUACAGACAGAUAACAGACAGAGAUUACAGACAGACAGAUUACAGACAGAGAUUACAGACAGACAGAUUAAGGACAGAUAACAGACAGAUAUUACAGAAAGAUUACAGACAGAGAUUACAGACAGAGAUUACAGACAGAGAUUACAGACAGAUUACAGACAGAGAUUACAGACAGACAGAUUACAGACAGAGAUUACAGACAGGUUACAGACAGAUUACAGACAGAUAACAGACAGAUUACAGACAGAGAUUACAAACAGACAGAUUUCAGACAGAUUACAGACAGAGAUUACAGACAGAUUACAGAAAGAUUACAGACAGAUAUUACAAACAGAGAUUACAGACAGAUUACAGACAGAUAUUACAGACAGAUUAGUUUUUUGGGGUGUUGAUAAAAUCCCAUAAAGAGGAGAACAUCAUCAUCAUUUUCAUCUGUGAUCAGGUCUGUAACCAUUGAUCACUGAUCAGUUUUAAUCUGAUCAUGUUUGCUUCUCUUCAGAGUCACGCAGCGUGUUUCCUCAGCGUGCGAACAGAGUGCACUCUGGGACGGCUGCGCUGCAUGUUGUUGCAUCCGACCUGCAUCCGCCUCAACACGAGGAACUUCAGCAAGAUGCACUGUUACCGGAUUACAGAGAGCUGCAGCCACGAGCUCGGUAUACACACACACACACACACUCACCAUCACACACACACACUCACCAUUACACACUCACCAUCACACACUCACACACACACACUCACCAUCACACACACACACACACACACACCAUUACACACUCACCAUCACACACACACACACACACACACACACACACACACUCACCAUCACACACACACACACACACACACCAUUACACACACACACACACAGCCUGAAAAUCGAAGAAUGUUGACCUCAGUGUGUGCGUGCAUGUGCGUGUGCGUGUGCGUGUGCGUGUGUGUGUGUGUGUGUGUGUGUGUGUGUGUGAAGUUAAAGAAGUGUCGUGUCUCUUUACUGUUUCGACUUUAAACUCUCGUUUGACAUGAUCAGUCGUCUCGUUUCCACGGUUUCAUUGGCCAAUGACUGCGAUCACUUCCUGUUUGUCCCCCCCCCCCCAACUGUUGGUAUGUUCGUAGAUUUCUUGGACGUUGAUGUCGAUCCGUCUGCUGCGUCCAAAGAUGGUCAUCCAGCUGCUGCAGAGUCCGGUCAGUCCACGCCUCCACCCUUUUCCGCCUCGUUUCUGUCUGAUCAUGUCUACAGACUCAAGAUGGCGCUCAGAAAUAUCGAACAGGCAGAGACCUCAGCGGCGGCGGCGGCGGCAGCAUCAGAGCUGAUGGUUUAAGUGUCUGUGAGCAGAUGAACAUGGUGGCUCUUUCACUCUUUCCUGUCUUCGACCCUCAGGUAAGCAGUUCCUGAAGGUGUUUGACGGCGAUGAUGCGGUGAAGCGUGGCUGUUUCCGAUUGGUCUCCAUCCUGCGAGCCACGAAGAAUGAGGAAGUGGUGGUAAGAACUCCGCCCCCUGCUGUUAACUUGAUGCAAUCUGCACAAACAGCAAACCUGAACUGGACAGAAAUGCACAAAAAAAUCUAUAAACGCCAUAAACGCCAUAAACGCCGAUCGCAAUAAACAGUCAGUAGAUUUCAAAAUAAAAGAUUUAAUCAAAUAAACGCAGGUUAUUGUAAAUCUGUGACUGCUUUUUCAAAAUAAAAGCAGGUUAUUAUAAAUCUGUGACUGCUUUUUCAAAAUAAAAGCAGGUUAUUAUAAAUCUGUGACUGCUUUUUCAAAAUAAAAGCAGGUUAUUGUAAAUCUGUGAAUGCUUUUUCAAAAUAAAAGCAGGUUAUAUGUGACUGCUUUUUCAAAAUAAAAGCAGGUCUUUUUUUUUUACUUCAACAAUAUUUUUAUUAGUUUUGUACAGAUAUACACAGGAGACACAUUACUAACUCCCCCUUUCCCUCAAAACUCCGUCUACAGCUGGAUAUUUCUUUUACUUUGUUUAAAUAAUAAAUUGUGGAGCUUUAACAAAAAAUAGAACAAUAAAUAAAUGAAUAAGUUCAAAAAUCAAAAACAGAUAAAAAAUAAAAAUACAAGCAAAUGCUGGAAACCGGGUUUUAAAGAUCUUGAAAUACAUAAGAUGUUGAAGAAUAAAAAGUUAAAAGAGAAUAAGUUGAAUAAACUACUGUGCGUUAAGGGAAAUACAAAUGUAGACGAGUCACUGGAAACUGAAAAGGUCCAUAAAAGAAGUAAGAAUUUGAGUUGUAUGAUUAUAAAACAUCACAGAAAUAUAUUUAAAAAAGAAAACAUCGAGAAGAGCAGGUCAUUUUGAGUCUUUUAAAUGUAACUCCAGUAAAGCUGCGUCUAAAAAUGCGUGUCUUAUUUUGGCGGGAUCUCAGACGCCAUCCUUCACUCACUGUAGUACCGGUGUCGUCCUGCAGGAGGCAGCGCUCAGGAUGUUCUUCCUUCCUGAUGAGCCUCAUGACUUUGAGCUUCAUGAAAUCGGCGGGAUGCAGCGUCUCCAUAGCGAUGACAUCCUGAACCGUAACGGUGGUCCGGACAACAGGGGGUCCCUGAAAGACGCCGGGGACAGCUGGCUGCUGAGGGCCAAAGCCAGAGACGCCGAGGUCAUCCAGGUGCAUGCUGGGUGGCCCAGGUGAGACAGAUCUGACAGGUAUGAGGAAGUCAAUCCUGAACCUGUAACGCCGUGGUCAUUCUCUUCCUGCUUUGUUUCAGGUCAGGUCCAGCGUCUGUCUCCGUCUCCGUCUCUCAGAGCAGCACAGCGGCCUCAGUCCUCAAUGAGGUCCUCAGUCAGCUCCACAGACAGGUGAGUGAAAAUGAUUCAGAACUUUCCCUCCGAGAGGAAACAGGUUAGAAACAGGUCAUGUUGGUACCUGUUGGUGUCUGAGAGCAAGAUCUUCGAUUUUAAUCAUGUGAACGGAAACUCCAGGUGAGCAGGAGGGGCGGGGCUUAAGAGUCAAAAAGCUCCGAGAGUGACAGAUGUUCACCUGUAGCUGCUGUCAAUCACAGCUGCUCAGAGUCUGAGUUAUUGGUUAAGAGACAAACAGCUGAUUGAGACGAUGAGUGUUUCAUCAAAAUAACAUCAAAGUAUAAAAAUAAGAUCAAAUGAAUAAAUCAUCAGAUCAAAGUAACUUCAGAAUAUCAUUAAACCUCCACGUCCAUCAGGUAACGAGGUCUUUCUAAAGGUAACGCAGUUUUAUUCUGAAGGGCUCGUCUGGUCGCUCCGGGUUCCUGCUUCAGCUGAUCUUUAAUAUUCGCUGUUUUAGGGAGACGAGUCGUCAAAGUUCAGCCUGAUGGAGGUCAACAUGAGCAGCAAACAAGGUGAGUUCAAGGACACGACGGAGAGACAGAGACGGGGACAGAACCAGAGACAGGGACAGAACCAGAGACAGGGACAGAACCAGAGACAGAGACAGAACCAGAGACAGGGACAGAACCGAAGACAGAACCAAAGACAGGGACAGAACCAAAGACAGAACCAAAGACAGAACCAGAGACGGGGACAGAACCAGAGACAGAACCAGAGACAGAACCAAAGACAGGGACAGAACCAGAGACAGAACCAGGGACAGAGCCAGAGACAGGGACAGAACCAGAGACAGAACCAGAGACGGGGACAGAACCAGAGACAGAGACGGGGACAGAACCAGAGACAGGGACAGAACCAGAGACAGAACCAGAGACAGAACCAGAGACAGGGACAGAACCAGAGACAGAGACAGAACCAGAGACAGGGACAGGGACAGAACCAGAGACAGAACCAAAGACAGGGACAGAACCAGAGACAGAGACAGGGACAGAACCAAUGACAGGGACAGAACCAGAACCAGAGACAGAACCAGGGACAGAACCAGAGACAGAACCAAAGACAGAACCAGAGACAGGGACAGAACCAGAGACAGAACCAAAUAACAGAGAACCAAAGACAGGGACAGAACCAAAGACAGAGACAGAACCAGAGACAGAACCAGAGACAGGGACAGAACCAGAGACAGAACCAGAGACAGAACCAGAGACAGGGACAGAACCAGAGACAGAACCAAAUAACAGAGAACCAAAGACAGGGACAGAACCAGAGACAGAGACAGAACCAGAGACAGAACCAGAGACAGGGACAGAACCAGAGACAGAACCAGAGACAGAACCAGAGACAGGGACAGAACCAGAGACAGAACCAAAUAACAGAGAACCAAAGACAGGGACAGAACCAGAGACAGAGACAGAACCAGAGACAGAACCAGAGACAGGGACAGAACCAGAGACAGAACCAGAGACAGGGACAGAACCAGAGACAGAACCAGAGACAGGGACAGAACCAGAGACAGAACCAAAGAGAGAACCAAAGACAGAGACAGAACCAAAGACAGAACCAAAGUAACAGAGAACCAAAGACAGGGACAGAACCAGAGACAGGGACAGAACCAGAGACAGAGACAGAACCAAAGUAACAGAGAACCAAAGACAGAGACAGAACCAGAGACAGGGACAGAACCAGAGACAGAACCAAAGACAGGGACAGAACCAGAGACAGGGACAGAACCAAAGACAGGGACAGAACCAGAGACAGAACCAAAGACAGACAGAACCAGAGACAGGGACAGAACCAGAGACAGAACCAGGGACAGAACCAGAGACAGAGACAGAGACAGGGACAGAGACAGAACCAGAGACAGAACCAGAGACAGAACCAGAGACAGAGACAGGGACAGAACCAAAAACAGGGACAGAACCAGAGACAGAGACAGAACCAAAGACAGGGACAGAACCAGAGACAGAGACAGAGACAGGGACAGAACCAAAAACAGGGACAGAACCAAAGACAGAGACAGAACCAAAGACAGGGACAGAACCAGAGACAGAACCAAAGACAGAGACAGAACCAGAGACAGGGACAGAACCAGAGACAGAACCAAAGUCCGGUUCACCUUGAUGAACCCCAGUUCCUGUCGUUGGUAUCGAUGUUCACAGUGAAAUGUCCUCUCUGUGUCUGCAGUCCAGAGAUCGUCUCUCAGUCCUCAGGAGAACAUGCUUGAGAAGCUGCAGGAGAUCAAGAAGGUAGGAACUAUAGAAAUAUAUCACCUAGAUCAACAAGACUACAGAAUCAUAGAACUACAAUGCUUAGAAUUACUAUGAAAAUAUCAAAUCUAGAAAUCUAGAAAUCUAUGAAAGUCCUCAGAGUUCCCGUUUAUUGUUUUAGUGUUUGGAGUUUGUCUCUGUGUGAUUUUAUCGUUGGAGUCCUUUCGUGAUUAUUAUCGUCUUUAAUUUCGGACCUUCAUCGAUCUUUGUCAGGUGUCUUUGCGUCAGAUGAACCAGACUCGGUUCUAUGUGGUGGAGAACGUGAAUCGGACAGUGAAGGUGGGCCUGCUGAUCGGAGGACUGCCCCCCCUGCUGGCCAAAGAGGAGUACGUCCAGCUGAUCCAGGAACACCUGACCAUCAAGAGUGAGUCACCUGAGACAGUUUUACCUGCUGGUCGUUCCCUCAGAUCUUCUGCAGAUGUUUGAGGAACAUGAGAGCUGUCUUCACUCAUCUGGGUCUGUCUGUCUGUCUCUACAGGUCAUCUAGUCUCCAUAAGCCACAUCUAUGCCAGUCAAGGUGAGAUGGUUUCCAUGGAAACAACACUGCUGGUGAAAUUUUAAUGAUGUGUGGGGUCAAAGGUCAGGUUGUGAUGAACCAAACUGAAAAUAUAAAAACGAGAAACACUGAGAUCUUCAACAACACGUGACUGUCUGUGUGUCUGUGUUUGUGUCUGUGUGUCUGUGUCUGUCUGUGUCUGUCUGUGUGUGUGUCUGUGUGUCUGUGUCUGUCUGUUUGUGUGUCUGUGUCUGUCUGUUUGUGUGUAUGUGUCUGUCUGUCUGUGUGUCUGUGUGUGUCUGUGUCUCUGUGUGUCUGUGUGUCUGUGUCUGUCUGUCUGUGUGUCUGUGUCUGUCUGUCUGUGUGUCUGUGUCUGUGUGUCUGUGUCUGUGUGUCUGUGUCUGUCUGUGUGUCUGUGUGUCUGUGUGUCUGUGUGUCUGUGUCUGUGUCUGUCUGUCUGUGUGUGUGUCUGUGUCUGUCUGUGUGUUUGUGUCUGUGCGUGUCUGUCUGUGUGUCUGUGUCUGUCUGUGUCUGUGUGUCUGUGUCUGUCUGUCUGUGUGUCUGUGUCUGUCUGUGUGUCUGUGCGUGUCUGUCUGUGUGUCUGUGUCUCUGUGUGUCUGUGUCUCUGUGUGUGUCUGUGUGUCUGUGUCUGUCUGUGUGUGUGUGUGUCUGUGUGUGUGUCUGUGUCUGUGUGUCUGUGUCUGUGUCUGUGUCUGUCUGUGUGUCUGUGUGUGUGUCUGUGUCUGUGUGUCUGUGUCUGUGUCUGUCUGUGUGUCUGUGUGUGUGUCUGUGUCUCUGUGUGUCUGUGUCUGUCUGUGUGUCUGUGUGUGUGUCUGUGUCUCUGUGUGUCUGUGUCUGUCUGUGUCUCUAUGUGUCUGUGUCUGUGUGUGUGUCUGUGUGUCUGUGUCUGUCUGGGUCUGUCUGUGUGUCUGUGUCUGUGUCUCUAUGUGUCUGUGUCUGUGUGUCUGGGUCUGUCUGUGUGUCUGUGUGUCUUUGUCUGUGUGUGUCUGUCUGUGUGUGUCUGUGUCUGUCUCUGUGUCUGUCUGUCUGUGUGUCUGUGUCUGUCUGUCUGUGUGUCUGUGUCUGUCUGUCUGUGUGUCUGUGUCUGUCUGUGUGUGUGUCUGUGUGUCUGGGUCUGUCUGUGUGUCUUUGUCUGUGUGUGUCUGUCUGUGUGUGUCCAGGUGCGGUGGCGCUGCAGGUGUCGUGUUUUUCGGAGGCGGAGAGGAUCUUCAUGUUGGCUAAAGACACGGCGGUCGACAAUAAGCUGCUGUCUUCACUCGUGAUCCCAGAGAUCCUGGUGAGAGUUCAGUCUGAGGAUAUUAGAACUGUUAUUAUUAUUAUUAUUAUUAUUAUUAUUGUUGUUAUUAUUAUUAUUAUAACUAUAAUUGUUAUUAUUAUCAUUAUUGUUGUUGUUGUUGUUAUUAUUAUUAUAAUAAUAAUUAUUAUUAUUAUUAUAAUUGUUGUUAUUAUUAUUGUUACUAUUAUUAUUAUUAUCAUUAUUAUUAUUAUUAUUGUUAUUAUUGUUGUUGUUGUUAUUGCUGUUGUUAGCAGCUUCAGGAGGGAGGCCCAGAGGGCCCCCACCAGCUCCUCCACAUGGGGGGUCCCAGGAGUGUCCGAGGUCCUUACCCUAUCUCUAAGGCUGAGCCCGGACACCCUGUCAAGGAAACCCAUUUCAGCCGUUCAAGAUCAAGUCCCAAACCUGCUUUAAUGACGGUCUGUCCCCGUCUGUCCCCGUCUUUGUCUUUUUCAGCACACUCAGCUGUCCCAGGACGUCUGUCCUCUGCUGGUCUUUGUCAAUCCAAAGAGCGGAGGACUGAAGGGCAGAGAGCUCCUCUACAACUUCAGGAAGAUCCUCAACCCUCACCAGGUCUUUGACAUGUCCAACGGAGGACCACUGGCUGGGUGAGAGACAAAGAGACAGAAGGAGAGAGAGAGAGAGAGGACAGAGAGAGAGGACAGAGAGAGAGAGAGGUUGAGAGAGAGAGAGAGAGAGAGAGAGAGAGAGAGAGAGAGAGAGGACCGUGGACCUGACUGAGUCUCUGUCCUUCCAGGCUGCACACCUUCAGGGACGUCCCCAGGUUCCGAGUCCUGGUCUGUGGGGGAGACGGGACCGUGGGAUGGGUCCUGGGAGUCCUGGAGGCGGUCCGACACAAACUGGUCUGUCGAGAACCGCCGAUCGGGAUCGUCCCGCUGGGAACAGGUGAGAGAGAGUGUGUGUGUGUGUGUGUGUGUGUGUGUGUGUGUGUGUGUGUGUGUGUGUGUGUGCACUCAGGUCUAAAGUCUCUCUGGUUGCCUAGGUAACGAUCUGGCCCGGGUCUUCCGCUGGGGGCCCGGUUACAGCGGCGAGGACCCCCAUCACAUCCUGGUCUCUGUGGACGAGGCGGACGAGGUUCUGAUGGACAGAUGGACCAUCCUGCUGGACGCACAAGACGUCUCAGAAGACGGGAAGGACAACGAGUUCCUGGAGCCGCCAAAGGUGAGGACGUGGAGGACGUGGAGGACCAGGGGAACCAGGAGAACCAGGAGAACCUGGAGAACCUGGAGAACCUGGAGAACCUGGAGAACCUGUGGUACCAGGGGAACCAGGAGGACCGAGCUGAGUUUAUCAGAAUAAAAACACUUAUUAACCCUUUAAUGCCUUUUGUAUCAUAUUAGAUACUUUUAUAAACUUCUAUCAAAUCAAUAUGAUCAAUAAAUCACUAAAGUAACAGCUGAAUAGAGUCUGGUCAAUAAUAAAAUGUCCUCUUGUAGGUUAUCAGUUUAUAAAAAUAUCUCAAAGAUGAUCAAUAAAAAUAUAUUUGUUUGAUUUUAAGGACAUUUUGAUUUUUUCAGUCGUCAAACUUUUCAGCUCAAAAAAAUCUGAAUUUUCUGCCAUAAUUUGUGUUUUAAGGCAUUAAAGUGAAAAAAAACAAUGAAAACAGUUUCAUGUGAAAAAAAUAACAAACAGAAUUUUUCUGAAAACAUUUCAAACAGCUGAUUUUAAACAGAAACCAAAUUAAUUAAAUCGAAUUAUAAAAGUUUGAUUAUCUGAUGAGUUUGAACCCAGAAUGAUAAAAAAGGGAGGGAGGGGUCAGAGGUCAGAGGUGCGAGAGCUGUAAGACCAUCCAGGGGAGCGUGAAGAACUGAGGGGGCGGGGUUAAAGGAGAAGAGGCGGGUCAGUAAACACCAGGAGAACCACAAAAGAGCAGGUGGGAGGAGUCAGGCUCACAACCACGACAACGAAGUGUGUGAUCGCCACAACAGGUCAUUCAGACAACAGAGUGACGACAACAAACACACAAACACAAACCAACAAACAAACACACAAACCAAAAAACACAAACAAACACAAACAUGAACAAACAAACAGACAAACACACAUGCAAACAAACACACAUGCAAACAAACACACAAACACACAAACACACAUGCAAACAAACACACAAACACACAAACAAACAAACACAAACACACACACACACAAAUGCAAACACACAAACACACAUGCAAACAAACAAACACACACACACACACAGACACACACACAAACACACAAACGCACAAACGAGGAUCGGUAUUAUCCGAAAAAACCUCCGAAAAAAGGAACCAAAGAAGGUGGAACCAACAGAACCCAGACCUGGUUCUGACUCUGAAGGUCUUGCUGGUGGUCUCCACGUCUCCAUGAGAACUUCCCUGAAUACUCGACGUUCUGCAGUAGAUCCUGAGGGGUCUCACCUGUACUCACAUUCACCUGUGUGUCUCCCUCAGAUCGUUCAGAUGAACAACUACUUUGGUCUGGGCAUCGACGCGGAGCUCAGUCUGGACUUUCAUCAGGCCAGAGAAGACGAUCCAGAUAAAUUCACCAGCAGGUAACUCUUGAGCUUCUCAGGUAGGGCUGAGGAAGGUACCUGAGAAUCUAAGCCCCGCCCACUCUCUCUCUCUCUCUCCUCAGGUUCCAUAACAAAGGUGUGUAUGUGAAGGUGGGUCUGCAGAAGAUCAGCUCCUCCAGGAGUCUUCACAAAGAACUGAGGCUGCAGGUCGACAAUCAGGAGGUCCAUCUACCCAACAUCGAGGGUCUGAUCUUCCUCAACAUCCCCAGGUAACACACACACACAUAUGAACACAUGAACACACACACACACAUAUGAACACACACACACACAUAUAUAUAUAUACACACUUCAGGUCAAAAGUUUGGAGGCGCGGCCGUUUCAGGCCGAACAGUUGGGAGUAACUUCUUUUUUAACGUCUUUUUUUUAACUCCAGUUUGAUGUAUUUUUGGAUGUAUUUACUCCAUUUACCUUUAGAUAAACAUCCAUGUUAACAGACCAUUGCUAAAUAUAUGUCAGCUAAAGAUAAUAAGGGCUUAGUUUUAGGGUCGAAAACAUUUGCAAGAGUCACAACUUCAGUGGAAAAGCAAAAAAAAACAACAAAUCACAGUUGGAUUAUUCACUUCAACUUUUUGUCUUCUGAGAGUCUGCAGACAAAAAUCCUAAUAAAUCUAAACUGAGUUCAAACUACCGCAGAAAUGACUAAAAAGAAGCAACUGAGUAAAGAGACAAAAGUUCAGAUUUGUACAUCGAGGAAAGAAGGAAACACAGAAAGAGAAAAACGCCUAAAGGUGUUUAACAAAGGAGUCGACUACACUCUGAAGAGACGAGAGGAACCUGGAAGUUCUGAUGAUAGACAAAGACCUGGACGAAAGAGAGUGACUACAAAAGCAGAGGAUAAACAGAGCAUUGUCACCAGGAAGAGAGAGAGAGAGAAAGACAGCACCACAAAUAAGGGAGGAAAUCAACAUGACAAGGUCAAAACCCAUAUCUCUGAGAACCGUGAGGUUUGAGAAAGGCUGGUCUGAAGGGUUGAGUAUCUGCAAAAAAACACGACUUCAUCCACAGAAGAAGAAAAAGAGAUAUGAGUGGGUAAAAGCUCAGAAAAACUGGACUGAUGAUGAUAGAAACAAGUUUGAACUGUUUGGUUCCAAACUCAGAGUCUAUGUCUGCAGACAAACUGGUGAACGUCUGAAAGCUCCAUGUGUUACACCCACAAUUCAGCAUGGAGGUGGUAGUUCAUGGUAUGGGGAUGUUUAUCAGGUGAUGGAGGAGGAGAUUUGUUUGAAGUAAAUCAUGAAGAAGGAACAGUACCACUCCAUCCUCCAGCACCAUGCUGCUCCAUCUGGACUCAGACUUGUGGCUCAUCAGUUUGUUUUGCAGUAAGACGAUGACCCUAAGCUCUCUGCCGAGCUCUGUCAGGGUUACUGAGACAAAAGAGAAGAGGAAGGUGUUCUUCAAAAGAUGGUUUGGACCCCUCAGUCUCCAGACCUUUCUCUGAUAGAGCUUGUGCGAACACAUGAACACAUGAACACAUGAACACGUGAACACAUGAACACAUGAACACGUGAACACAUGAACACAUGAACACGUGAACACAUGAACACAUGAACACAUGAACACGUGAACACAUGAACACGUGAACACAUGAACACAUGAACACAUGAACACAUGAACACAUGAACACAUGAACACAUGAACACACACAAAAUGUCUUCUGAUCAGUUACUCUUUACACAACAGUCAUGUUUACUGUGUUGAAAAUUAUAUUUAUGAAACUUUGAUCUUUUUUAGUACAGAUCUGAUCUUGUUUCCAAACUUUUGGCCUGUAGUGUACAUGAACACACACACAUGAACACACACACAUGAACACACACACAUAAACACUGUACUAUUCACACACACAUGAACACACACACAUGAACACACACACAUAAACACUGUACUAUACACACACACAUGAACACACACACAUAAACACUGUACUAUUCACACACACAUGAACACACACACAUAAACACUGUACUAUUCACACACACAUGAACACACACACAUGAACACACACACAUAAACACUGUACUAUACACACACACAUGAACACACACACAUUAACACACACACAUAAACACUGUACUAUUCACACACACAUGAACACACACACAUAAACACUGUACUAUACACACACACAUGAACACACACACAUAAACACUGUACUAUACACACACACAUGAACACACACACAUAAACACUGUACUAUACACACACACAUGAACACACACACAUUAACACACACACAUAAACACUGUACUAUUCACACACACAUGAACACACACACAUAAACACUGUACUAUACACACACACAUGAACACACACACAUAAACACUGUACUAUACACACACACACGGCACAAAUCUUACCCACUCAUAAUGGUCUUCAACUUUACUCCUUGUGUGUUUAUGUGUGUGUUUAUGUGUGUGUGUGUGUGUGUGUGUGUGUGUGUGUGUGUGUGUGUGUGUUUAUGUGUUUGUGUGUGUGUGUGUGUUUAUGUGUGUGUGUGUGUGUGUUUAUGUGUAUGUGUGUGUGUGCAGUUGGGGGUCAGGUGCAGAUCUCUGGGGGUCAGAGGUCGACGGUCGCCACGGGAAACCAAGGAUAGAUGACGGUCUACUGGAGAUAGUCGGGGUCACAGGGGUCGUCCACAUGGUGAGGAGUAUUUACCUGUGUGUGUGUGUGUGUUCAUGUGUUCAUGUGUUAAUGUGUGUGUGUUCAUGUGUGUAUGUGUGUUUAUGUGUGUGUGUUAAUGUGUGUGUGUGUGUGUGUGUUUAUGUGUGUGUGUGUUCAUGUGUGUGUGUUCAUGUGUUCAUUAGUGUUCAUGUGUUCAUUAGUGUUCAUGUGUUCAUUAGUGUUCAUGUGUUCAUUAGUGUUCAUGUGUUCACUCACAGGGUCAGGUGCAGAGCGGUCUGCGUUCGGGGAUUCGUAUUGCUCAAGGGAACUACGUCAGGCUGACGGUGAGUAAACCGUUACCUGUCCAGGUAGACGGAGAGCCGUGGAUUCAACCUCCAGGUCACAUCAUCAUCUCUGCUGCUGGACCGAAGGUACGACGCUCAGUCUGUCCCUGAGAGGCUCCUGUAGUUUGACUUCCUGUUUGACUGUCUUUAAAUCGAUUUCUGUAUCAAAUAUGAUACCCGAUCAAUCGAAGUCCGAUUCUUCAUUCACUGUGUGUGUGUGUGUGUAUACCUGUAGGUCAUGUCUGGUUGUGUGUAUACCUGUUUGUCUUUGACCUCAGUGGUAUGAUGUGUGUAUACCUGUUUGUCUUUGACCUCAGCAGUAUGAUGUGUGUAUACCUGUAGUUCAUGUCUGGUUGUGUGUAUACCUGUUUGUCUUU